GCCGCCCUGGAACCAGUUGAGCGUCGGUGCCCACGGGGUCCGACGUACGUCGACGCCGUUCACGAAGGAUGAAUACUUCUCUCGUCUGGCUGGUGCUGGGCCACCUGCUUACCGGUGUACUGGCCUUGAGGAUGAACAAGAUAAACUUUCCCCACUCACGUCAUUCGGGGGCACCCGAUGAACCUGACGUGCGACUACGAUCCGGAGGACGGUCGGAUAUACCAGGUCAAGUGGUACAAGGACUACCGGGAGUUCUACAGCUACGCCCCGGGAAGGCCUGGUCGGACCUUCCACAUCUCCGGGGUCAAAGUCAAUGAACCGCUUUCCGGCGCCAAACACGUCAUACUGGACAGCGUUGACCUGGCCACCGAGGGCCAGUACGUCUGUGAGGUCACGGUCGACGGGUCGUUCGACACCGUCAUCGGCACCGGAAACGUCACGGUUGUGGAGGUGCCGCAGAGUGGUCCCGAGAUCACUGGCGAAUACAGGAGCAGCAUGGAAGAGGGCGACCACGUCCGGAUCAACUGUACGUCAUACAGGUCAAGGCCUGCUGCCACCUUGACCUGGUACAUCAACGGAGCCAGGUCGGACAACAGCUCGCUGACCCGCUACCGGGAGACCUCCGAGCCCUCGGGCCUGCGCACGGCCACGCUCGGUCUCGACUUCCGGCUGCGGCAGGCCCACUUCAGCCUCUCCGGCCAGGUCGUCCUCAAGUGCACGGCCGAGAUCGAGUCUGUCUCCUACCAGAGCGAAGACGUCCACAUCUCCAGCCUGACGCUGCCCCAGAGGAUGUCUCCUGGCGCAGGUGGCGAUCAACGUGAGAUCGGCAAUCAGCAGAGUUCACCAAAAUUCAGGGCUGCAGUUGGAAAAGGUUCCGUCGUCCGCGCGCCGUUGCUGCUGACAACUGUCAAUGCACUGCUCUGCAUUCUUCGUCUUCCCGGGGGCUAGACCACAGCACAUGUGACGUCACAGCCCCUGGGCCAGCAGCUAGGAGCCUCCGCAGUGACGUCACGCCGACGCGGCAGCGCGGCUCAGCUGAGCCGACGCAUGGACAGGAGCGGAGCUAGUGACGUCACACGGUUAGGGCGCGCGCCCGGUGAGCGCUUUUCUCGUUCGAACUGAAGGAGUAUGACGUCUGAUCAAGGACGAUGGCGCUUGGCUUCCAAGAGCGCUGGAGCGGGGCCCUCGAUUCGAUUGAAGACUGCGCGAAAAAUCAGUGUGAGUUCACUUAUUUUGGCGUGUGCACGCGAACGAUAUGUGGUCUAUGCCAAGCCAGUGGCAGCCACGGCUGUGGCUGUUCGAAGUCCUGCUUGCAGUCACCUGAAGCGCCAUGACCUCGCGACCUCGUGAACGUGUGGCUACGUGGCAUCUCGACGUUGUGGUAUGCGGAACACCGCUGUGGUUUACCAAAGCAGUGGGAUAGGCGGGGAUGGUGUUUGCUGUCGCACAAUACGGGUUCGCUUUGAUAAGAGUGGCGCCGCUUGGUUAAAUUAUUUUAAAGGUAUUGUACGUGCUUCCCUGCUAGAAUGAAAUGCAGUCCUAUGCAUAUGUUCCAGCUGCAGGUAGUGCAGUGCAGUAUUAGAGCUAUGCCACUGCUCGUGAAAUUCGCCACCUCAGUAAUGAUUACUUCUGCAACCCAGGUAAUUUUCAAUUGUAGCAGAGAAUGCCUGUUGAGUCGAUGCUAUUUCUCAGAACAACAGUGUCAAACACUUGGCUUCAUUUUUUAUGAGCUUCGUUGAUGGUUAAACACUUACAUUUCAUGCUAAAUACUAUCACUAAUUUCUGUUUGCACCUUAGAGAACGACAGUGAUGCGUCAGCAGAUUUUCCAGAAGUGAUGAGAUAACUCCACAGCACAUCUUGGAACUUAAUGCCUUGCGGGUGAAGGUAUUUCCAUAAAGAGGCUGUAUCAAUUGACCUUCCCUUGAUCUACCUGCUUCUGGAACUAACUCCAUGGCCUUACAGCAAAAUCCUGCAAGUCCGCAAAUCACCUCACUGAGUCGCUGGCUGUGCUUUCAAUAGCAUCUUUUAAACGGAGAAUAGCGAACGGAACAGACGAUAAUCGCUUAAAAUAUGGGUUGGAUAGCCUAAUGGCACGCAGUGUGAUAUUGUGUCGACGCGAAAUGCGAGUUCUCAUUCAGUGUACGUUGUAUAUCACGGUAUCGUUUGUCGAAAAAUCAAACAUCGCCAAGUUACGAGCCUUCCUAAGUUGUGCGAUUCAACAAGUUAUGUUGUGCCCAAUAUUUCGCGUGCCAGUAAUGCCGAAAAUUGUGCAUGAAGUUGGAAUACGCCUAAAAAUCCCAGAUUUACGGAAUAUCAGCGACUGAAAAGUGGACUGGUCAAAUCGAUGGUCUUCAACUCCAUUUUGAAACGAUUUUAGCAUAUUAGAUGUGUCUUCUGUGCAUUGUGUCAUCCAGGUUGUGGACAAUACAAGUGUCGCCUACACUU